GGCAUACAGAAGUGAGCUCGAAAUUGCAGCGACGGCAACCCGAACCCCCGUCCAAGCAUUACUCGGAAAACCUCAUCGUAGUGCUCUUCUGGUGCUCCCUAAUGGAGCGUUACUGCGACAAGGAGACACUUGAAUAUAACCAGCCCAGGUCGCCCAGCCCAACCAACUCCACCCGUCAGGGCACUGUUCGCCGAUAAGCGGUGGCAACCGGCCGAGUCCGCCGCGCCAUGCCGCCGUGCCUCACACAAAUACCUCGGGUGCUCGAUUUUCCGUUUGUCAUCGACUCGGGAUUGUCAAGCAGCAGCAACAACAACAACAUCGCCCACCACCACCAUGACAAUCGACCCCCACCCCUCGCGCCAGCGCCGUGCGCUCGUCGUUGGCGGCGGGCCAGUGGGCGCACUCACCGCGCGCAGCCUGCAUCAGCGCGGGUGGAAGGUCGAGCUGUGGGAGGGACGGGAUGACCCCCGCGGGCGCUCCAUCGCCAUGACCAACCUGCGCUCGAUCAACCUCAACAUCUCGAGCCGCGGGCUCGCGGCCCUGGCCUCGGUCGACGAGAGCCUCGCCGAGCUGCUGCUCGCCGAGUCGAUUCCCAUGCCCUCGCGCAUGAUUCACCACGUCGACGGGCGCACCGAGGCGCAGCUGUACGACCCGCUGCGCGGGCAGUGCUCCAACUCGAUCUCGCGCUCGGUGCUCAACCAGCGCCUGGUGGAGGUGCUGCCUGCCGCGGUGGAGACGCACUUCAACACACGCCUCGACCGCGUCGACUUUGCCAAGAACACUGCGCAUGGCUUGACGACGGCCAAGGGCGCCGCGAUCGGCGAGGAGACGACGAGCGUCAAAGAGAGCGCCAAGCCGACGACGGUCACGACAACAUUCGACCUCAUUGUCGGCGCCGACGGGUCCUGGUCCCGCGUGCGCCAGCAGGUCCUCCGCGCCUCCCGCGUCGACUUCUCCCAGACCUUUAUCCCGCAUGGAUACAUCGAGCUCCACAUGCCGCCCAAGGACGGCGAGUUCGCCAUGCCCCCGAACCACCUGCACAUCUGGCCGCGGGAGAGCUUCAUGCUCAUCGCCCUCCCGAACAAGGACAACAGCUUCACGUUGACGCUCUUCGCGCCGUUCGCCGACAUUGAACAGGUGCGUACCCGUGAGCAGGCGACCGCCUUCUUCACGCGGUACUUCCCCGACGCGUUCGCGAUCGUCGGCGACAAGAUGGUCGACGACUUCCUCAACAACCCGCGCGGCAACCUCGUGACGAUCAAGGCGAACCCUUCGACACUGGGUGACAAGGCCGUGCUCCUCGGCGACGCGAGCCACUCGAUGGUGCCGUUCUACGGGCAGGGGCUGAACUGCGGCCUCGAGGACGUGCGCGUGCUCGGCACAUAUCUUGACAACUACGGCGUGACCGGCACGACGGACGAGCCCCUCGGCACCGCGGACCCGACGUUGCGUGCCGCGCUGGACGCAUUCUCCGCCGAGCGCGCUGAGGACCUCGACGCGAUCCGCGACCUCGCACUCAACAACUACGUCGAGAUGCGCUCGUCGGUCCUCAAGCCGCUGUACCACCUCCGCCGCGGCCUCGACUGGGUCCUCACGCGCGUCUACCCCUCCACGCCGCAGGCGAUCGACCCCCGCGUGCCCUUCUCGACCAAGAAGGUCCGCGGCUGGACGUCGCUCUACGACAUGGUCACCUUCCGCCCCGACAUCGGGUACGCCGAGGCGCUGCGCCGCGAAAAGUGGCAGAAGAGCGUCGUCGGUGGCGCGGCGUGGGCGACGGCCGCGGUCGCAGCUGCUGGCGUCGCCGUCGUUGGCAUCCAGGCGUACCGCGCCUUUGAGCGUCGUUGAUAGACUGGUCGUGUUGUUAGAUUCCGGGACUGCAUACUACAUACUACUCAGAGAACCAUGCAUCGUGUUGUGUUGUG